AUGUCCGCAAAUCCGAACCUGCCGCCUCCAGGGCCUAGGCAACCUCGCGUCCUCGCCUGUGUCUUGUGUCAGCAUCGCAAGAUAAAAUGUGAUCGCAACACCCCUUGCUCCAACUGCGUCAAGGCCAAUGUGACAUGUACGCCAAGCACUCCAGCACCGGCGCGCAAGCGUCGACGACCUAAUCAAGACCUCCAAGAGCGGCUCGCGCGUUGCGAGGCUUUGCUGAAGCAGUAUGCUGGCGCUGGACCCCCCCCAGCGGCCGCGUCGGCUUCCCAGUCGCCAACGACGCCGUUCAAAGACAUGGCAGACUCGCCUGAGCCGUGGAACUCACAUCUCUCCGAUUUUGAAAAGGUCCCUACUACCGGCAAGAUGAUCCAGUCCGAGAGUGGCUCUCGCUUCUAUGAAAGCCAACUCUGGACGAAAUUCCACGAAGAGUUGCAAGCGAUGAGACACAUUGUCGACACGGAGGAUCCAGAGGAAUCAAGUGUCCUCGGGACAGAAGGAAUGACGCCAGAGAAAAACGGCGACCUCCUCAUCCCGGGCGAUCGCUCGUCUCAAAGCGGGGAGCCACAGCAUCCAGAUCCCGUCCAGACGUUCAGGUUAUGGCAGAUUUUCCUGGACCGCGUCAACCCCCUGACCAAGAUCAUCCACGUACCGACGCUGCAGCCUUACAUCGUCGAGGCGACCACUGACCCGUCUAACGUCCCCCUGCACUACCAGGCACUCCUUUUCGCGGUGUAUCUGAUGGCCACUCUAUCCCUCAGCGAAGCGGAAUGCCAUCAGCUGCUGGGCUCAUCACAAGCGCUGGCAUUACAGAGAUUCUCCUCGGCGACGCGGACCGCGUUGCUGCGCUUCGACUAUCUGCGCAACUACGACAUGGCUGCUCUGCAGGCAUUGGUUCUGUUCAUGAUUUUUCUGCAAGGACGCUAUGACCGCCACGCGGCAUGGGUGAUCAGCGGCACGAUUGUCAGGAUCGCACAGAAAAUGGGGUAUCAUCGAGACGGCGAGCUGCUGAAGCUGACCCCCUUUGAGACGGAGAUGCGCAGGCGCAUCUGGUGGCAGAUCCUGAUGCAGGACACCAAGCUGGCCAUCACCUCCGGGCUGAGCCACAGUAGCGUGCAGGACAAUUUCGACACCAAACAACCGCAGAACCUGAACGACGCCGAUCUGUACCCGGGGUCCUCCGAGCCUGUCCAUUCGCGCGAGGGGCCGACGGAGAUGGCGUUCAUACUCGUCAUGAACCGGCUGUCCGUAUUCAUGAUCUCCGACAGCAAUCGCGCGGGAUUCGAGUCGGCCGUGCUCUGCGAAGGCGCCAACGAGGAUGGCAGUGCUAGCUUUGAUCCCGCAUUGCUCGAAAAGUAUAGAGGCGUCGCGAGAGAACUGGACGCCGACUUGCGUGAGAUUGAGCGGCGCUACAUUGACGAGUCGGCAGGCGCAGCCCAUGCCGCGGCGUUGAAUGUUCGAUCCAUGCUCGUGGAGAAGCUGCAUGAGAUGCUCCGCCCCAUGUGCGAGCAGCCAGAAUGGGGGACGGAGAUCUUCAGCCCCAAGGACAACCUCUUCAAGACGGUACUGAUCAACAAUGAGCACAACACGGAAAUGUACGAGCGGAUGGCUGGGUACGGCUUUCUGUGGUUUGUCAAGAUGCACUUUCAGCUCGACGUCUUUGCAGUCCUGGCCGGUCAGCUCUGCCGGCGUCCGACGGGGGCGCUGUCUGACCGCGGUUGGACUGUCGUGGAGAAGCACUACAAGUGGCUGCCAGAGCUCUUUGACCUGUCGCAGAAAGCGCACGCGUCUCAGGCCCAGUUCACGCUCAAAGCCUGGAAAGCGCGCGAGAAAGCGUUUGCGCAACUCGGGCAGCUCCUCCCGACGCCAGCGUACAUUGAGCGUCUGCGUGAAUGUAUAUCGACGCCCGACCGCUCCUCUACGGCGACGUCUGCGACACCACCGGCCUCCUCUAUGCAGGGCCAGCAGCCCAUGGGCGACGUCGACAACAGUUUCCUGGGCGGCUACAUGGAUAUCCCGGCCAUGUCCUGGGACAUGUGGGGAGACUCGUACUCGACGGCUUCGCUGGGCAAUCCGAACCAGCCGCUGUCGGCGGCGUUCUUUGGCACAUACGGUAUGAACUAG